AUGCAUAAAACCAACAGAUACUCUCGUUCAUUGUUCCAGGCAAAGUGCUAUGAUGAAGAUGUGGCUGCACUGCUUGAUAUAAUCAUUGGAGAAUUUGUGUCUACUAUAUAUCCUGAAUUGCCUUUACUCCACUUUGUGGAACACCCAGAAGAAUUCUUGCGUGGAUGGUGCUGGAAUGUAGCUGUUGAAUGUACCCUUGUAGACAUGGUUUUUCAUAUGGCUACUGUUACACGCCAUUGUCCCCUCAAUUAUAGGAGGGGAAAGGAGCAAAACAUCAUGGCUGUCAUUGGUGAUCUCCCUUCCCAGAACACCAUACAGAUAGCCAACAUAUUAAAUGCUUACAAAAUUCCACAGCAAUGUGAGAGGUGCCCAGAAGAACAAUAUCCAAAUGAGAAGCAUCAUCACUGCAUUCCGAAAAUUAUCACCUACUUAUCCUACAAAGAAUUCCUGGGAGAAAUCCUGACUAGCUUUGCUGUUUCUUUUGCUGUAAUCACAAUUUUAGUGAUGGGGACAUUUAUCUGCUACCAAAACACUCCCAUUGUCAAAGCCAACAAUUGGGAUAUCACCUGCACUUUGCUUUUCUCACUCCUGCUGUGUUUUCUCUGCUCUUUCUUCUUCCUCGGAUGCCCAGGGAUAGUCACAUGUCUCCUCCGGCAAGCAGUUUUUGGAGUUGUCUUCUCCAUCGCGGUAUCUUGUGUGUUAGCCAAAACCAUCACUGUGGUUCUAGCCUUCAUAGCCACAAAGCCAGGGAACCACAUGAGGUGGUGGGUAGGGAAAAGGCUGUCUGUCUCAGUCAUUGUUUUUUGCUCACUUAUUCAAACAAGCAUCUGUGUUGUGUGGUUGAUCAUUUCUCCUCCUUUCCCAGAGUUGGACAUGCAUUCCCAAUUGGAUGAGAUCUUAGUGCAAUGCAACGAAGGCUCAGAGAUCAUGUUUUAUGUUGUGCUGGGCUACAUGUGGUUUUUGGCCCUCAUCAGCUUCAUGGUGGCCUUCUUUGCUCGGAAGUUGCCUGACAGUUUCAAUGAAGCCAAACUCAUCACCUUCAGCAUGCUGGUCUUUUGCAGUGUUUGGGUCUCCUUUGUGCCCACUUACUUAAGCACUAAGGGGAAAUCCAUGGUGGCUGUGGAGGUCUUCUCUAUCUUGGCCUCAAGUGGUGGCUUAUUAGGUUGCAUUUUUAUGCCCAAGUGCUAUAUUAUCAUGCUGAGACCAGAGCUGAAU